GUCUUUAAACGUAGUAUCGGAUUCUGAGUGUGUGUGUACUGCCUGGAUCUCUUGCGUGUGACUUGAAGAAAAUCCAAAGUUUGUGCAAUGUGUCAACACGAAAUUGUGAUCUCCAGCAGUCGAAUUUUGGUGGCGUCUACCGGGGUAUAAAUGGUCAAUGAGGGCACAGGAAACACCUCACUGCCUACGACAGCCACUGUACGUGCGGUACCGGGGCCACCCCCUGGGGGAGUCGCGGUCGCCGCUUGUGGGGAAGCUGCUGGCACUGGUGUUCGGACUGCUGUUUCUGGGACUGGCUUUCAUGGCGCAGUUCCUCGGUGGCGUGCUGCAGGCCAGCCUCACGAUAUUCGGCGCCGUCGGCGGACCCGUGCUCGGCUUCUUCUCGCUCGGCAUGUUCCUGCCCCACGCCAACGAGCCGCUGUGGGUCGUCGUGCUGGGAGUCCUGCUGACACUCAUCGUGGGCGCCGUCGCAUCGUGUGUGGCGGGCGUGACCUGCGAGGGGGACCGCAGCGUGCCGCCGCCAAACCCCGACCUCUUCGUGCCGCCAGUCCGGAGGGCACUGCUCGCGAGGAGAGGGCGCAGGUGCUCCAACUCGCUGCAGCUGACACGUGUGGCCGGUGACCUGUCCAAUGGUGUGGGACCAGCUGCAGACACCAAGACCCAAGAGGAGCUGCUCAAUGGCAUAGAUGGCCACCACGUCGCCCCAGUGUGAUGUCGACAGAGUACAGUGGGGACUGCUGUGAGCUGAAAGGUGCUGAUCUGUGGGUUCCCAGCCUGAGACAUUCCAGCCUUCUCUACAGAGGCUGCAACAACUUGGUCCAUUUAUUUUCUAGUUUUGUAAAAAAGGAAAAAAUUAUAAACACUCAGUAUUCCUCAGUUUGUAAUAGCUGUGCUUUUUAUUCUCAGUUCUCUUCUGUUCAGCUGAAUUGCUGCAAAUAAUGAAGCACUGCAAAAUCAGUUUUAUAGGUGCAUGAAGCUUCGACAGAAGCAGCCAAAGAGAGUGGGAGAGAUUAUAUGAGGCAGAAAAAUGUUG